AUGGUAUAUCAAGGUAAUAAAAAGGAGAAGAUAACACUUUUCACCAGUCUGCCGGCGCGACGCAAGAAGACUGACAAACUUGAUUACUCGGGAGUUUAUCGCAUCAAGUGCGGCAACUGUGAGAAGUAUAUCGGUCAAACGGGAAGAAAAAUCGCCCUACAACUCAAGGACCAUCAAAGACUCUGUAAGAACUUGGAUACGGAAAGAUCCGAAAUAGCGGAACACAUUGCACGAACGAGACAAGAAAUCUACUGGAAAUCGACAGAAAAGCUGGCUGCAAAUGGUGAAAAUACGAGAAAACGCAAGAUCCGAGAGGCCAUCGAUAUACUGACUGAGAGAAAUCUAAUGAAGAAAGCGGAAUCAGAAAAAACUUUGUAUAUUGCCUAA